AUGGCGAGGCUCAAGGUUCUCGUGGCAUUGGCGAUGGCGCUUGAAAUGAAUUCAGUCCAAGUUUCGAUGACGACGCCGGCGGAUUUGAUUAACGGCCAAGGCGGUGUCGAGCAUGAAUUCGAUGAGCAGCGCAUAUGUCACUUCUGUAGCAACGUAGAUAUCUCCGGCUAUCAUGUAUCACGGAAUGCUCUGUCGACUUGGUGGAACACAAACGAAGCCCGUGCUUCUACGAAUCAGCCUAAUUCUGCCGUGGGUCCUUCGCUAGAGCCGAAGAGGUCGAGAACCCGGACCUCGGUUCUUUCUUAA